AUAGUCCAAGGAGCCUCCUACACCUACUUCCAACCCCUCAUUCACAGAAAACCAGUCACAAACCAUGAAACAACUUAUGAUUCCAUAUCAAACGCCGGAAUUCUCAUUCGUUUCAUUUCCGUCAUCUUGGUCGCAAUCCUCUCAUUCUGGGCAAACCACGAAGCUUCUAAAGGGUUUGACAUCACCGUCCUAAACGACGUCCCUCGAGACCUCCCUGCCGGCCACCGCUUCAACCUCUUCUACGUCGCCAACGACAAAGCCACCCGCAUCGUCCUCGACGCCAGCGAUUUCAUCGAACACCUUCUUUACCCUAGCGACGACUACUUCAAGAAGCAAGUAAACCGUGUCGUUGUGAGGCUCGUCAGCGUGAACCUAACAAACGCCGUGGGAGUUUUCGUCGUAGAAGACGACCGUAACUUUGUGGUGAACAUAAGCCCUUCUGUUAUGGAAGAGGCCAACGUCGACCUUGCAUUAGUGUCGGCAAUACGACGUGGCAUGGACUUGCAUUUCCUAAUUAAUUCUCAUCACAUCCUAACACGUGUGUGGCUUUGGGAUGGCAUAGGGUCCGGUGCUCCGCCGGAGCUUGUGAACGGCAUGGUGGAGUACCUAAGGAUGGCGGCGGAAGGGUUUGGUGGCCUGAAAAGUGGUGCUUCCGGCUGGAAGUUGCCAGAGGGCGAGGGCUACAUUUGGUGGGAGGACAAGGACCCUGCAGCCGUGGCAAAGUUGUUGCACUAUUAUGAGGGGUACAUGAAGGGCUUCAUUCAACGGCUGAAUAGAGCUAUGAAGGAUGAGUGGCAUGAUUGGACGGUGGAUGCUGCGUUAGGCGUGCCAUUACAAAAUUUGUGUGGUAAAUAUAAUUUUUCCAGGUCCAGCUAUUGAGGUGAGUUUAGAUUCAGGUUUCUAUUGUAAUUGUAGCAUGAAUAUAUUGUGCUUGCUGAUCUUGCACACAAACAAGGAUUAGUCGUGUGGAAUCAAAU